UCGCAGGUCAGAGGUUGUGCCAGGCAUGUGCAAGCGUGUCUUUAGUUGCAUGAUUCCAUGUAUUGGCAGCUGCAUAUAUGGCAUCCUUCAGAGUAAACCUCUUCUUGAAGCCAUCCACACCCACACCUCUGUUCACUGCUGUCAGCAUGCUGUUCACUGCUGCCAGCAUGCUGUUCACUGUUGCCAGCAUACCUGGAGAGGGUUUCAGGGGUCAAUGCCCCCGUGGCUCGGUCUGAGACCAGGCCUCAUGGUGCAUCAGGGUCAAAUCAACCAGGCUUUUACUGCUGCCUGCACAUAAACUGACAUACGAACCACAGCCCGGCUGAUCAAGUACUGACUUUAGGUGCCUGUCCAGUGCCUUCUUGAAGACAGACAAGAGGUCUGUUGGUAAUCCCCCUUAUGUAUGCUGGGUGGCAGUUGAAAGUCUUUGGCUCCUGACACUUAUUGUGUUGUCUCUUAGUGUACUUGUGGCACCCCUACUUUUCAUUGGGGGAAUGUUGCAUCUCCUGCCAAGUGUUUUGCUUUUGUAGGGAGUGAUUUUCGUUUGCAAGUUUGGUACUAAUCCCUCUAGAAUUUUCCAAGUGUAUACAGGUCUCCCUCAACAUUCGCCUUUUCCACUUUUGUGGGCUUCGAACAUUCGCGAAUUCCCAGCUGCCCAAUCAUAUUUAAAAUAUGUCAUUACAUAUGUAAGGAAUUGUGGCGAUGGCAGAGUUUGGAGACAGGACAAGAUAGUCCUUCAAUAUGACACUAAUAUCAACUCUAUGGCUUAUUUAUCUAUCUCAAUUCAUCUAAUAUGGCAUAAUAAACAAUAUUAAUAACAUAGAAACAUGACAUAUACUCGAGAAUGAAUAAAAUACGUCAUUAAAUAUGUCAUGGGUGUCGUUGUGUUGGUGUUGUUGGGUGUACAUGCAUAAAGGCCACUGAGAUAUAAGCCAUACAUAGUGGUGGUGGAGGUGGUAGAGACUAGAGAUGGCGGUGUUGUCAGUCGCCCUAUAUAACUCCAACAACAUUGGAGGAGUUAGGUCUGUGCAGUCCUUUUUCUAUCGAGUAAUCACUUAACUUACUUUCUACACUGUUAAUGCUACACUUUAUUGUUGGCUGGUGCUAUAGCCUUUAUCGACUCAUGCUACUUUAGUAUCAUACACAUCAUAGAAUCACUGAAUCAGUGAAGAAGGCACAUUCUCCCCUCUCUUCCUCCUCCACUUUGGUACUCUGCUACGAGUUCUUUCUUGAAUUCUAUAGUCUUUCUCACCUUCUUUACCAAAGGGCUGGCACUAGUACAAUAUUUUAUGAUGUUUUCAUGUGUUUUAUGAUUGUUCGUGGUUCAAUAGGUUAAGGAAGCAGUAUUGUUAGGCUACCUGGAGUCUACCUGGAGGGUAUUCCGGGGAUCAGCAUCCCUGCAGCCCGGUCCAUGACCAGGCUAAGUAAAUGCAGUUGUAUUUUUCUUGCAGUUAUAUUUUCCUACAAUAUAUUUGGGCACCAAACAUUCACGAUUUUUCAACAUUCGUGAGGUUCUUGAUCCCCUAACCCUCGCGUAUUUGAAGGGAGACCUGUAUUAUCAUGUGUAUUUCAUGCUUGCAUUCCAGGAAAUACAAAUCAAGGGACUUCAACCAUUCCCAGUAAUUUAGGUGCUUUAUUGUAUUUAUGUGUGCCAUGAAAGUUCUCUGUACAUUCUCCAGGUCAGCAGUUUUGCCUGCCUUGAAGGGGGCAGUUAGUGUACAUCAAUAUUCCAGCCUAGAGAGAACAAGUGAUUUGAAAAGAAUCAUCAUGGGCUUCGUGUCCCUAGUUUUGAAGAUUCUCAUUAUCCAUCCUAUCUUUUUCUAGUAGAUAAGGUAGAUACAUUGUUGUGGUCUUUGAAGGUGAGAUCCUCUGACAUUAUUACUCUCAGGUCCUUCACAUUAGUUUGUUGUUCUAUGUGUGGUUAGAAUUUGUUUUAUACCCUGAUAAAGUUUUAAUUUCCUCAAGUUUUCCAUAUCUGAGUAGUUGAAAUUUCUCUUCAUUGAACUUCAUAUUUAAAGAUUUGGCUGAUGUCCAUUUGGAGUCUUGCAGUGUCUUCGAUGGAGAACACUGUCAUGGCAGUGUGAGUGUCCUCCGCAAAGGAAGACACGGAGCUAUGGCUUACAUCUGUCUAUGUCAGAUAUGAGGAUGAGGAACAGGAUAAGAAUGUGAUGUUUCGAGUGUCAGUCUUGUCGAUGGUAUAAUCUUCAGCCAUAAUUGUUCCAGUGGCAACUUCUUCAGUGGCCCACUCUGAAACAGAGACAACUUCCUCCAUAUUCUAGCCUCCAGCAGUGAUUGUUUCAACCACAAUGGACUCAAUAGCCCAGUCUCCAGUAAUGCCUGGUCCAGAAACAACUACCACUGUAUACCAGUCUAUAGCAAUGACUGGUCCAGAAACAACUGCCACAGUGUCCCAGUCUUCAGCAAUGUCUGGUCCAGAAGCAACUGCCACAAUUUCCCAGUCUCCAGCAAUGACUCGUUCAGAAACAACUGCCAUGGUGUCCCAGUCUCCAUCAGUGAUUAUUCCAGUAACAACGUCCUCGGUGGCUCAGUAUCCAGCAGUGAUUGUUCCAGAGAUUGCUACCUCAGUGUUCCAGUUUCCAGCACUGAUCGGUCCAGAAACAACUACCUUUGUGGCCCAGUCUCCAUCAGUGACUGCUCCAACAACAACUGCCUCAGUGGCUCAGUCUUCACCAGGAAUUGAUAUGGAGACAUCUGCCUUGAUGACCCAGUUUGAUGUGAAAAAAUCUACAGUAAUGCAAAUAAGAAGUGAUGAAGAAGGGAAAUCAUAUUGGUGUCCUAAGUGUUUUAAAACAUUCACAGAAAAAAUUGAUUUUGUGACACACAUGAAAAAUCACAAAAGAAGAAAACGAUAUCAAUGUUCAGAAUGUCUGAAAAAAUUUUCUGACAAAUCUAAUCUAAUGAAACACAUGAGAAAUCACAAAGCAAAGAAACAUUACAAGUGCUCAGUGUGUCAAAAAAAAUUAGCAUGCAGAGCUAGUCUAGUGACACACAUGAGAAUUCACACGGGAGAGAAACCAUAUAAGUGUACAGUGUGCCCAAAAAGCUUUGCUUGUAGAUCUUCUGUAGUGUCACACAUGAGAAUUCACACAGGAGAGAAACCUUAUAAGUGUUCAGUGUGCCAAAAAAGAUUUACUUGUAGAUCUUCUGUAGUGUCACACAUGAGAAUUCACACAGGAGAGAAACCAUAUAAGUGUUCAAUGUGUCUGAAAGAAUUUGCAUGCAGAUCUUCUUUAGUGACACACAUGAGGAUUCACACAGGAGAGGAGCCAUUUAAGUGUUCACUGUGUUUAAAAAAUUUAGCAUGUAGAUCAUCUUUAGAGACACACAUGAGAAUUCACACGGGAGAGAAACCAUAUAAAUGCUCUGAUUGUUUAAAAGGCUUUACAGACAGAUCUUCUCUAGUGAAACACAUAAAAGUUCACACACAGGAGACACUGUUCCAGUGCUCAGUGUGUCUAAGAGAAUUUAAACUCAAAUCUUCUCUAGAGUUACACAUUAAAACUCACACAACACCUAAACCAUACCAGUGUUUGGUGUGUCUCAAAGAUUUUUCAAGAAAAUCAGUGUUAGUGACACGUAUCAGAACUCUCACUGAAAAGAAACCAUAUCAGAAGUCAGAGUGUCUAAAAUGUUUUAUGCAAAAAGUUAAUCAUGUAAGACAUAUAGGGACUGAUUCAGAAGAUAAACCUGAUCAGUAUUAAAAGAAUCUUUAAAAUGUUUAAAUAAAAUCUGAUCCUUUGUUCAAAACUAAAUACAGUGGUACCUCGGCAUAUGAGCAGCUCCCAACUCGAACAAUUAUGUAAGUGUAUUUAUGUAAGAGCUUUUGUAAGUGUAUGCUUGGGGGUCUGAAACGGUUUAAUCUAAUUUACAUUAUUCCUCAUGGGAACAAAUUCGUUUGGUAUCGGCACUCGAACAGCCUUCCGGAACAAAUUAAGUAUGUAACCUGAGGUACCACUGUACCCCCAUCUUCACACAACAGCAAAAAAAAGUACUGCAUCUUAUUGUUGUAAGUCUUAAUUUUUAUUACAAUAUAACUUUCACUUUUGUCACUUGGUUUAGACAACCAUUGCAUACUAACAAUACUGUUAGUUGUUACACAGAUGAUGAGUAAGAAUUAGGAACUAUAAACUGGAACUGGGCAUUAGGUAAAAUUGAGUAGCUGACUUGACAAAUUAUGUAUAACCAGAUUUUUGUCAAAUGGUUAUUUAUUUUAGUAUGACAGUUGAUUUUUAUGUAGGUAGUAGGUUGGUAGACAGCAACCUCCCAGGGAGGUACUGCUGUCCUGCCAAGUGAGUGUAAAAUGGAAACCUGUAAUUGUUUUACAUGAUGGUAGGAUUGCCAGUAUUUUUUUUCUGUCUCAUAAACAUGCAAGAUUUCAGGUACGUCUUGCUACUACUUCUUACACUUAGGUCACACUACACAUACAUGUAUACAAGCAUAUAUAUACACACCCCUCUGAGUUUUCUUCUAUUUUAUUUCUAGCGCUUGUUCUUGUUUAUUUCCUCUUUUCUCCAUGGGGAAGUGGAACAGAAUUCUUCCUCCGUAAGCCAUGCGUGUUGUAAGAGGCGACUAAAAUGCCAGGAGCAAGGGACCAGUAACCUCUUCUCCUGUACAAAUUACUAAAUUUAAAAAGAAAAACUUAAGUUUUUCUUUUUGGCCGACCCUGCCUUGGUGGAAUACGGCUGGUUUGUUGAAAAAAACAAAUUGAUUUUUACUAAAAUUGUUGUUUUUAACAUAUACAGUGGACCCCCGGUUUAUGAUCAGCUCCCAAUGUGACCAAUUAUGUAAGUGUAUUUAUGUAAGUGCAUUUGUAUGUGUAUGUUUGGGGGUCUGAAAUGGACUAAUCUAAUUCACAAUAUUCCUUAUGGGAACAAAUUCGGUCAGUACUGGCACUUGAACAUACUUCUGGAAUGAAAUAAUAUCAUAAACCAGGGGUCCACUGUAUUAGUAAGAAUGCUAAUUUCUUACAGUAAGAGGAUUAAUUUCUGUUAUACACCUGAUUAAUGUAAGAUUUCAAAUUUCUCUGACACCUAAUUUGUGUACUGAUUAAUUAUAAAGUGAUAGAUUUCUGUAGAACUGUGCAGUGCUUUACAGCCAUUAGGAUUUAGUAUUUUUUCAUAUUUAAAAUAAAACAUAUCAUUGUC